AAAGAAUGGCGGCAAAGCGGUGAUCGGGGGUGUUGACAUUUGCCGUUCAUCAUUUCUGUGAAGUCAGCAGCAGACAGAGACAAAAGAUGGCCUGGUUAAACGCAGAAACCAUGGCGUACCGCUACAUGGUCCUGUUUUUCACCUGUAUGCUGACAUUUGGGUCCUAUUUUUGCUUUGAUAUGCCCAGUGUUCUACAGUCAGAAUUCCAAGGGAUAUUGAACUGUACCAACUCAACCCUGGACAACACCACUCACUGUACCUGUGAGGACUGCUUGGGGAUGUCAGCUGAUGACUACAAUCUGCUCUAUGCCAUUUAUGCCUGGACGAAUGCUGUAGUUGUGAUAGGAGCCGGAUUCCUCAUUGAUAAACUAGGAAACAGAUUCGGUGUGUUCCUGUUUUCUUUCCUCUGUGUCCUCGGGUCAUGUACGUUUGCCCUUGGUGCGGAGAUGAAGGGCACGGCAGCCAUGUUACCUCUCAUGUUAACAGGUCGUCUCUUAUUUGGAUCGGGAAAUGGCUCUCUAACCAUUGUUCAGAAUCGCAUCACAGCCUUCUGGUUCAGGAACAAGGAGUUAGCCAUGGCCUUCGGCUUCACCCUUGCCUUUUCCAGGCUUGGCAGCGUCCUUAACUUCUUGCUUACACAGAGCUUUCGCAGGAGGUUUGGACUCAGUUGGACUCUAUGGGGAGGUGCUAUGCUCUGUGGGCUGGGCUUCAUCUCAGCAUUUGUUGUCAGCAUCUUGGACGUGGUCGGAGUACGACAACUAGGUCAGGCAGAAGACCUGAAGAUAGAAUCGAAAAAAUUGAAAGUGACAGACAUAAAACACUUUUCCCUGUCGUACUGGCUCCUGGCUUUGACCAUUAUGUUCUUCUACAAUGGAGUCUUUCCCUUUGUGGCUGAUGCAAGUAAAUUCAUCCAGGACAAAUAUGAGUUUGAUAAGAAAACCUCCGCUUACUUAGCAGGAGCUGUGUAUGAUGCCUCCAUGGUUCUCUCCCCUUUCCUUGGAUUUGUCAUUGAUCGUAUAGGUAAGCGUGGAAUUCUCGCGCUCAGCUGUGCUGUUCUAACCAUACCUGUGUUUGGCCUGCUGGCCUUUACCACCAUCUACCCGCUGGUCUCUACACUCUGGCUAGGAAUUACUUAUUCCUUUGCUGCUGCUAGCAUGUGGCCGUCCAUUCCUCUGGUCGUCACUCAGUCCACCAUCGGAACAGCCAUGGGCCUCACCACCUCCAUACAGAUGAUUGGAAUUGGAGUCUCCAACGUCGUCGUGGGGGAGAUCCUCGGCAAAAACCAGCAUCUGUCUCGAGAGGAAACUUUGCCAAGGUGGAAAUAUGUCAUGAUCUUCAUGUUGGCUAACGUCCUAGCCUGUGUCACAACCACCAUAUUCCUGAAUAUAAAUGAUAAGAGAAAGGGCGGGGUUUUGAACCAAAGCAGGAGCCAGAAGAAACGGGUUAAGGAAAGAGAGGGAUUGUUAGUGAAUGAAGCCACUGUGUCUGUCAACGAGAGAGAUCCGCUGAUCGAAUCUUCCACACCUGGUAAUUAUGGAUCAAGAGAGAGAACGAGAUCCGUACCAAGCUGAUUAAUCUGUCAACCUAUUUGUACAUUUAAUUGGCAAUCAGAUUACGACAUUACAUGUACUUCUGUCUCACCUGUUAACAGAGGACAUGAAUUGGUUUUAUUCUUUAUGACUUUAACCAACCCUUGAUGCAAGUAUAUGUAUGUGGCAGUUUCUUAGCUCAAAUAUGUAGUUAUGAGAAGAACCUCUGUCACUAAUGUGGCUACGCACUAGCAGUUUAAUACAAACAGAUACCCAUGAAACUUUUGCCUGUUAUUAUGAAAAACAAAAUACUCCACAAUACCCAAAACUGUCACAGUGACGUGUAGAGUUUGUGUUUAGCAUGUGUUCAGGUACUAAACAUGUUUAUGACAUGUUUUAGGAUGUCCAAAGGAAGUGUGUUACACUUAUGCCUAAUACCAUUGUUUUUAGAAAUAUUAAACUAUGUGAUAUCUAAAUAACUGAGAACAGUAUUAUGUAUGGGUUUUUUUUUUAUUGUAUUUUUAUUUGGGAGGGGUUGGGGGUGGGCUGUCAGCCUGAUUUGACUAAACACUUGUAAGGAUGUAUUGCUGGUGCUACAUGUAUGUUGCUAGUGCUAUAUUUGUAUAUCCAAAUAGAGUGCGAAUUAAUAUUUUAACAAGAAAGGAAUACCCCAAAAUAAAUAAUAUAUGUACAUAAAAAUUACUGCCCUGUGCAUGUAAAUAUGUACACUAAAAGCUAAAUCUCCAAAUACCAGUAUCCAACAUGGCAUGUAGUUAAUAAAUUUGAUUCCUAAAUUGUAUGGUACAUAUGUAAUUAGCAUUCCUUUAUGUAAAUACCCAGAAAUUGAAUGUACGUAUUGUAUCGGUUGUGUACAGGGUAUUGUUCUGUACCUGUAUUCUUGUUGGGUGAGCGAGGAGAAAGGACAAACUGGGCCCCUGGGUUGUUGAGGGUGAGAAAGAUAUUGGGAUUGAGGUUACCCAGUGGCAGCGGUUUCAUUCCAUGCACGUUAUGUAACGUUACUUCAGCCCUGCAAGUAAAACUGGGCAUUCCUGACCAAAGAUGGAGAAUAGCUUUUUGGUGUACGUAUGCGAACGUGCGUAGCACUGCUAUAAAGUCCCGGCAUUGCUUGCACCUGAAUAUUUCUGCUACAUUUAUAUAAUAGCAUUCCUGUAAAUUGCAGUGUGCAGUGAAAUGUGGUGAAUGACCUUGAAAUGUGUAUCUGUCCCUUGACAUGAUGAUGUAUGUUCUUGUAUUAUAGUAACUUUUAUAGGACCACAUGUGAAAAUGUAUUAGACCGAAACAGUUAUUACGUAAAUUCUUCAACCUUUUCGAAUGUGUGCAAGGUGAUUAUUUAAGCAGAUUCUGAAGGCAUCAUUUUGUGCAGACUGAUAAAAUUAUACUUUGUGUGUAAUCCUGAAAUUGGUCAAUCCAGGAAAUGUAUUUUUACCUCCAAAAUCAACUUUAAAAAGGGGCAUAAAUUGCUCUGAAAGUUGCUCUCUCAUAUGCGAUAAGGUUGAGGAAUUAUGGUAGUUAAGGCCUGGAAACAGAAUAUAGGUGUUCAUCCCUGUCUUACCUGUUUGUAACUAACAUGUUAACGUAUUAAUGCAGUAAGAGAGAUUGUGCACAUGUAGAGAUACAUAAAAGUGUAGAUGUGUACAUGUACAUAUCAGUGAGGAAGUAGGUUGUGGUUAGAGGUGCUUGUCUUUCAAUCAACAAGGCGCACAAGGUUGCGGGUUCAAUCCCAGUCUUGGAUAGGGAAUUUGUACAUCACCUGCCCUUAAUGCCUUUUGGGCCUAGGCGAAAAUAAGUAACCAACAAUGCUCCUGUGGCCAAUCAGUACCACUUUACUCCAUCGAGGAAACGUACUGCAAGAAAAAAAUUAUUUAGUGUUCGUAGUUGUUCAAAGCAAAUGAUUUUAACAUUUUAUUCUCCAUUUUAUUAAUCUGGUGAAAACUGUUAGCUUUAACAAAUGGUAAUACCUGGUGUAUAAAAAUGCCACUUUUUGCUAUGUAAAACCCAAGUUCAAAACUUUUUUACCUGGCUGGGCUAGAAUUUACAGUAUAAGGUUCUUUAGGUCUGCAUAUUGACUGAUUGUAUUUCCCAUUUUCCUCCCGUUGUAAUGCUGACCGCCGUUCUGUAAGUGAGACAUUCUUGAGUACGUUGUAAAACUCCAUUCAAACAAAUAAAUCAACAAAUUUAAAAAGGAAUUGUCUCAUCCUAUAGAUGUCUAUUUUAUCACGGUGAUGACUAUAAAGAGGACAAAAGAAGUACCAACCCAUGUACAUAUAAAAAUCCGAUGUAUGGUAACACAGUUGUCAAUACUGGAGAUAAAAUUUAUGUGAAAUUUUAUUUUGGCUGAAAAUAUGUGUAUUUUAUUAUUAAUAUAUAAUAAUCAUAUAAGUGAAAUAUUCUUGAGUACGGCGUAAAACACCAUUCAAAUAAAUAAAUUAUUCCUGUACAGUACUCAGUGUGGAACGUAUAGCUUUUGUACCUGUAACAACACAUGGCCGUGUCACAGAGCUUAAGUUGGGGUGGCACACCUGUACGUUGCAUGUUUUAAACCAUUCAGCACUAUACAGUGAACAGAUCACAUGUACUGGAAGUAUUAUUACAUAUAAGAACACUAGUGCUUCGUUGUGGCUUUUUUUAUUAUAAGCUCAUGUAUUUGGAUUGUAAUUAUUGUGCCCUGCUUUUCAACAUACAAACUGUACGACAGUGUAACAGUGAAUGUACAUGUGUAUGUAUAUUGUCUGAUGGGCAUUUUUUGAUGCAGAACUGCUGAUAUGUUAAUGCCAUGACAUUUGUUUUUCUGGAGUCAAAAAAAAAAAAAAA